UAUGGUGCUUCAGAGUCCCUCAACUGUGCCGGCUGUUUAAACAACAUUGGAGAAAAUGAUUAUGUGUCAGCACUGGAACAAGAGUGGCAUACAGAUUGCUUCAGGUGCUCAGUAUGCGACUGCCUGCUAUCAACAUGGUACCAUGAGAAGGGUGGGCUGCUGUUCUGUCAGCAGGACUACUGGGCGCGCUUCGGCGAGCCAUGUCACCACUGUCAAAAGGUGAUGACGGGUCCAGUUAUGGCGGCUGGUACUCGCCACUAUCACCCGGAAUGCUUUGCGUGCAACACAUGCGGAGCCCCCAUUGAUGACAAGGAGCCCUAUGCUGUGCAGCAAGAACGGUUAUAUUGCUCGCCAUGUUACGCGCGCUCGGAGGCGGGUGCGCGUGCGCUGCGCGUGGUGCGGGCGCCGGCGCCGGCCGCCAAGCUCAAAGAUACUGAGAUAGACUCGUCCUGCGGCCUGCUGACGCUACACAUCGGAGACCGCAUCCUGGAAAUCAACCCACCUAAACCCAAGGAUGAGCCAGAUAGAGUUCCAGACACAGUUAUACAGCUCACAAUAGAACCCCCAGAAACACCGAUGUGCAACAUACAGACUGAGACGGAGCCCUCGUUAGAGGGGGACGGCAAGAAGGAGCGCCUGUUCAAGAGGAAGGGAGACGGCGCUAACAAGAGGGUCAUUAAAAGGCGACAACCGAGCUCGCCGCUGCUGUGCGACAAGGAGAAGAGUAGUAGCAUGUCGAAACUGCUGGAUGCUGUUGACGGUGAUCCGGAACCAACGGGCGUACUCUGUGACUUGUCAAGGGCUCGGUCCUUUCGGGCAGAGCCGCGGGAUGUGACGCAGCGGGUUUUCCGCGCUUGCGACUUGUUACAGGGCGAGCUAUUAGGCUCGGGGUUUUUCGGUGAGGUGUACAAAGUGACUCACCGCGAAACCGGCGAGGUGAUGGUGCUCAAACAACUGUACAGGCUCGACGAGGGCGCGCAGAGGAACUUCCUCAAAGAGGUGGCGGUACUGCGGUCUCUGUCGCACCCGAACGUUCUUCGUUUCAUCGGUGUGUUGUACCGCGACAAAAGACUGCAUCUGGUGACAGAAUACGUGGCCGGAGGGACUCUAUACAGCCUCAUACAGGACACCAGUACGGAGUUGUCGUGGACGGAGCGAGUCCGCCUGGCGCGGGACGUGGCGGGGGGGGUGGGGUACCUGCACCGCAUGAACGUCAUACAUCGGGACCUCAACUCACACAACUGUCUAGUGCGCGAGGACAAGACAGUGAUAGUGGCGGACUUCGGGCUGGCUCGGAUCGUGCAGCGCACCGCCAGCAGCUCGCUCGAGCGCCACUCCACCUUACGGAGGAAACGGUACACGGUUGUGGGUAACCCGUACUGGAUGGCGCCGGAGAUGAUGAACGGAAACGUGUACGACGAGAAAGUGGACGUGUUCUCCUUCGGGAUCAUACUCUGCGAGAUAAUCGGGCGCGUAUCAGCGGAUCCGGAUUUCCUCCCUCGGCGGCCGGACUUCGGUCUCAACGAGCCGUUAUUUUUAGAGAAUUUCUGCCGCGACUGCCCGCCGCCGCUUUCCCGCGUGGCGCUACUAGCGGCCCAUUUACGCCCCGGACACAGACCCACCUUCGAAGUGAUCGAGAUCUGGCUGGAAACGCUUUUAAUGCACAUGGGGAAUUCAGCGGCCCAAGCGCGCCUACUCGCCGACAUCGCGCAGUACGCGGCCGGCGGAGCCCCGAGCCGGGAGCUGCCGGGGCUGCACGAGGUGCUCAAGUCCCCAUCAACGGUGACCAUCACGUCGCCCCCGCCGGCCCCCGGGCGCGCGCUGGGCAAGUGCGUGUCGGCCUCGCACAUCGCCGCGCCGCCGCGCGUGGUCACCGUCACCAACCUGAGCCGCAGCCACAACACGCUGCACACGCCGGGUUAUAUACUGAGACAGAGGCCUGGCAACAUCGACAUCACCAAGGUGGACGACAUAUCCGAGUGGCUGGACCCCCGCCCCAGCGACUCGCCCACCAUGCCGGCCUUCCUCCGCAACCAGUCCGUCGAGGGUCUGGAGACCAGGGCCAAGCGCGACGCGCCGCUGCCCUUCUGCCGGCACCACAGCAUCCCGGACCACUGCCAGGACGACAGGACCCUCAACGAUGAUGACUCCGACUCUUCGGAUGAUGACCUUGAAGACAUUACGGAUUGGCACAGAAACGUCUCGACCGUAGGGACGUCCUUCAAAAAGGUCGAAAAAAUGGAAAUCGACCAACCCAAAACCCUCCUGUCAGGCAUCGUGAAGAAAGGCGAGAACCUGCUCAAAAAGAACAGCUAUGACGUCACCAGCGUCACCCUGAGGAACCCUGAUGAGAGGAAAAUACCUGAAGUGGACUGUAGGCGAUUCAACAUAGACUAUUUGAAUAAAAGUCCAGUUAUGGCGGUCGCGGUGAAAAAUAUUCAAAAAGAAGCGAAACCUGUGGAAAAAACUGGAUUUUUCACAAAGAAGUUACUCUCGCCGAAAUUUAGUAGGCUCUUCAAACCGAACACGGCGGAGGUGGUGCGGAGUAAGACAGAGAUGGACGAUAAAGAGGAAAAGAGUCGGAGCAAGUUCUUUAUACAGCGGCCCGCGUCGCCGAGCAACUUGUAUAGAGGGCAUCGCGUACGGCCCGUUGAGGAUACCAAGGACAAAAAGGAGAACCACAUACUAAAAAGCGACCUGAAGUUGGCGAGCCUGGGCAAGCCGAUGACGCCGAUAUUCCGGCGGCACGCCGGCACGGAGCGGCCCGACUUCGCGGACGGCAGGUUCAGCUACCGCAAGCCCAGAGAUGACAAGUUCAUAGAACUGGGAAGAAAUAAGAUCAAAGCCCCCGCCAAGCCCCUAACCCGCUGCUCGCCCACCAACAACGUGCCUCUAGAAGUAGACAAACCCGAGAAGAGAAGAGAAGGAAUCUCGAGAAGCAACUACGUCAGCCUCGCCAACCUCAAGAUCAACAGCAAGAAGGAAUUCGAGAACAAGAGAGAAGACAGCUCGCCCGUCGAACGGGUCAUUUAGACAGGGUACAGUACAUUGUUUAUUAUUUGAUUUUCAACCUUAACACAAUCAUGGUAAAGUCGAUAUUAUA